UCUUGCAAAAAAAUCGGGUGCACGUUAGAUUUUUACUUUGUUUAGGAGAUUUACCGCCAUUUUUACGUCAGUUUUCUACUUUGGCCACACAGAAAGUGAGCGCGUGUUUGAUUCGGUGGUGCGUUAAAAUCGGGCAAAAAACUACCAAAUGAGCCAGUGUUGUUUUUUGGCACUUUUCCGGCACCUUACUUAAUUCGACCCACCGGAUAAUUCGAUCAAUUUCAUUGGUCCCAUGACGGCAAUAUUAACGGAAGCCGACAUAGGGCAACAGCGCCACGGUUUUCAACAACGGCGUCGCCAAUAAACACGAAAACUGUGCGCACCCAUUAUCUCAACUGCGCCGAGCUUUGCACAGCACACAUGGACAGACGCAAGCAGAUGGGGAGUGCAGUGUCGCGCUGCUGCUGUUUCACCAAUCAUAGCCUCGCCAAUGCAUCCCGGAAAAGAUUUUUCAUAUAAGCUACGGAAGGUAUUCCUGGUCGUCAAAAUUUGCGGCUCUAUUAGAGUUGUUUCGGCCGUCGUCACCUAGGCCGACCAGCCUUGAAGCAGCAGAAAUCGCGCUGCCGCGAGUACGCUAGCCACAAGAGGACGUUGCUCAACAAUGGAUGAACCGUGUUGCGCAACGGCUUGCUCCGCGUCGCCCGCCGCUCAAGGCCGCGACGGUGGGGCUUCACACCUACUGUGACAUGCGUGCGAUGCGCAGAGAGCGCUCGGAGAUUCGAAUCGGGCACAGUGGCGUAAAUCGAGCGGAGCAGAUGUCACACAGACGGCUGCGGCAAGGGCGUGAAGCUUUUGCUGAUGGUAGCGAACCGAUCACCUCUGAAACCCUCUCUAUAUAUACAUACGUUUCUAACAAUCCACCUCUCGUGUAGCCAACAGUGAAUUUGCGCCUUCACAGCCGCUUUAAGCGCACUACUUUGUUACGACUUAUCCCCCAACAAUGAUCAUCAUCAAUCGCACACGAUUCCUUUAUGUGGAUGGUCUUUUUUGUUUCCUCAUGGUGAUACGCGCAUGCCGUACGUGACCCGACGACGAUUAUUGCCAACAGGAAAUACCUUAAUUGAGCCUUUUUAAUAAAAAGUUUUAGGGCACAUCAUUUUCUUCGGACGUGGAACCAUUUUUCAAGGGCCGCUUUUAUCUUCCGGGUGCUCAAUGCUGCGCAAAAAUAUCAGUCAAAGAAUAUAGCAAUCCAUUAACGACUGCAUCGCCGAUUAACAAAGGCGUAAUUGUCAUCAGUAGGGCUGAUCUCACGUCAACGAAAUCUACUGGCAUCGGAGCCACUGCAAGGGCUAUUUGCCAUAUAGACGAUUAACAACAAGCUGGCUUUAUAUCAAAAGCGACUUGAAGGGUCGACCGAACCCAUUGUGUGCAAGAUUACAUAGGCUUUUAACCCCGAACACGCACAGUUGAACAUUUUUGUUGCGCAGGGUAUGCACAAAGUGCAGCCGUGUUGAUGUGCCGAUGCCGAGAAAACUUCCGUUUGUCGCGAACGUGGUGAUUUUAAUCGCUUAUCUGCCGGCCCCUAUGCUACGGGAGUACGCAUACUUGGUUCUUCAAGACCUCAAACAUAUCCAGCGCUUCAGAAAAAAGAAAAAGAAAAACAGCAUAGAAGAACAGGGAAAGAAACGACAGGAGAGUGCAGUCGUCUUUCUCUCUCCCUCUCUGUUGUUCUACGGUGUUUAUCUCCUGAAGCGCUGGAAAUGUCUGAUGUCGAAGUUCCAACUAGCUUCUUCAAGAGUGACGUCCUUUUAAGUGCACAAUAAUAUGGCUGUACAAAUACGCAAUUCCUAUGUAUUGAAACAACCAACAUAAUGGAGCGGCGUUGAUGUUUAAUUGCCGAGAGCGACUCCUUUUCUAUGCGGCGCGCGUGCCAGUCGGCCAUAGACGGGUGCGCGUGCAGUGCUUUCGAACGCAAGCAUCUGCAAUCUCAUUUGCCGAGACUACUACGCUUCGCUGGUCGGGUUUCACUAUUUCCAAGCUCCCACUCAUGUGUUUCCCGCGACAAAAGGUAGACCUUUGAAAAGUCAUCAAAAAGCAUUGUGCAUCGUGAGUCAUGUUGAGCGGCAUUGCUAGCUAUUUUCUCAAUGCCCCACCUACUCCAACUCCUGAAGAUGAUGUUAACUACCGAACCAUGGAGGCUGAAGAUGACUGGUUGCUUGUUGAUGUCACAGAUGGGGACAGUCCCCAGCUGGAAGUACCAUGUGACCGACCAUGCAGUCUUCCCACCACGUUGCACGUGGCUGUGGUGGACUCCUCUCAGGAGGCCACACCGCCAUCAAGUCCCUGUCCCAUGGACGGGAGCUGGUAUGUGACACCUCCGCCGUGCUUUGUGGCACGGCGGCCGGUGCACUUGGAGACAUCCCCUCUGGAGAACCUGCUCAUUGAGCACCCAAGCAUGAGUGUGUAUGGACCACCGUGUCUGCGGGGCACACCACUGACUCCCCCGCCUUCCCCACCACCCAGCACUGCAGUCCCGGCCAGCCGCGCCCUGCCUGGUCCCAGGCCGGCAGCACUGGCUGCCAGAGCGGGUUGGCUGGAACAGCUACGGCCAAGUCAGCGUAGCCAGGUACAGCGAGAACAGCGACAGUUGGGUCGAGGCCAACUGGAGCGGCAGAAUCGCACAGUGCAGGCUGGCAACCGACACCCCAAACGCCGCGAUCGCACUGCUGCACGCCGCUCAGGAGCCAACAACAAUCGCAAGUGCUAACUUGCCAUCACUGCAAAGAGACAAUGUUUUUGGCACUUGUGCAACCACAGGAAGAAAACAAGAGGACAAAUGUGGGGGGGAUUACUUGGGCAUAUGAAAUCUACUGUUACUACACUGGCCUGCCUAAAGGAAAAGAGCCAGUGGAAAGUUGUGGCCGGAAGCAGGGUCUGUGCAUUACACAGACUUUGUGCACAAAGUGCAGCUUCGAAUCUGUGUUAUGUGGGUGACAUUAAUGAACUUCAAAGUGAGCACAUGGAUUGAUCUGUCAGUGCAAGAAAGGAAGCUCAUUUGCGUAUAAAGUUAGGGAAGGUGUGUGUGGCAGAAAUAUGUACUCGGAAAGCAGCACAGCAUCUUAAACACACUGUUUGAAAAUGGACGCUAAUAUUGCAAACCUUCAUGUCAGAACUGUCAAUGACCAGUUUCAUAAAUGGGAGAUAUUGGAAAAGCCACAUAAAAAAUUUUUUUCUCUUUGUAACUGCUGUCUCAUUGAAAUGGAAACCUGACUGGCAUUAAUACAGUGUAUCUCCCAUAGUUGAAACAGGCCAGCACCAUACCACGGCAAGAUGUAAUGUUAAUCCCUACAUUGCAAACAUGGUGUGCACUGCAUUCUUCUGAUGUAAAAAGGGUGAAUUGUUAGUUUAUGCACAUGUAACUUAGCCAUUAUGUUAAUAAGCAACAGCUCAUUUGUUCUUUCUUUUUUUUUCUGAAAAAGAGUUUGCCACCUGUA